AGGAAAUGCAAGUAUGAUGGUGAGGAAGAUUUCACGAAAGUGUCUUAUUUCAGAGGGUCACCGCCUUGGGGAUUGAAUUUUUGGAAUUUAGAUGAAAGUGUAAAAUAUGGAUAUAGUACCCAAACUGGUUUUUGGUGGAAUCUUAAUAAGAGAGAAAUAUUUGUUAACUCCUCUGCCCCAUUCCCUCCGAUUCUUCCAUCCAUAUACACUGCCUGCUAUGGCUACGUAUUAAGGA